AUGUCUUCCCAGGACGACACGUCUCGACAGGAUGCCGGUCGUCCAAUGGGGCCUGGGGCUGACCUUUAUGCUGUCUUGAAUUUGAACAGAGGCGCAAGUCAAACCGAAAUUAACGAGCGCCAUCGAGCGUUGUCGCUUCUCUUUCACCCUGAUAAACAGAGAGACCCCGAAAAGGCUGAUGUCGCGACGGAAGAGUUCUUGAAAGUUCAAAAGGCAUAUCAAGUGCUUUCUGAUCCUUUCUUGAGAGAGGUUUAUGAUGUUCUCGGCGAGCAAGGCCUUCGGAUACAAUGGCCACCGCACAUGCACUCAAGGACGAAAGAACAACUUCGUGAGGAACUCAAACGAAUACGAAGUGAAGCACCUCUGGAUGAAGACUUCUUCGACCAUGAGACACCUCCCAAGAACACGUUGUCUGUCACUCUCGAUGGCACGGGGGCGUCUGUGAACAAUGAAAGGUUCACAACUGCGUCUGUAUGGGAUAGAGUCAGAGGUGUUCGAAUUGUAGCUGAAGAGCUUAGUCAUUCAUUCUCAAAACGGAUCAACCAGAAGACGGCUGUCUCCUUCAAGACGCAAGGAAUGCUUCAAGGGAGGAGGCUGGGCGUGGUUCAAUACAUCGGAACCGUCCGCCACCAGUUCUCCCCAAGGUUUACAGGAAAGGCAGUCGCUGUCUACGGACAAAACCUUCUCACAAACCUUAACGGGCUGUAUCGCGACGAAUACAACACAGUCAAUUUCAACUGUGCUGUCUCUCCGUUGUCUCAAAGACUUAUCCCAACGUCCGACCUAACCUAUGCACGACGACUCUACAGUGGGUCUCCUCAAGUUGCGGAGAUAUCCCUGAAGCUUCGCCAACGCCCCUCCUUGUCCUUCAACUACGUCUCACCGCCUACCGUAAGCCAAGAACUCAUCGAAGCGAGCAGAAACGGACUACCUUCAACUUCUGGCCUGAGGUUUAUCCAUUUCGACAGGGCUGUUGGUCUGACAUUCAACGAUAUCAUCCCCAAAAUUUCGGUCGAUUUCGGUGCAACAAUCGCGGAACUUGCGACCCGACUCCAUGCGACGUUUGAACUGGGCUUCGACGGUCUUCAGAGCCAGCUUGGGGCACUAUGGAUGCCCAAGGAUGGUCGGGAAGCCCACGUAUUCACGGUGAUUAGUGGGAGAGGGAUCAUGUUGCAGGUCGACUUCACACUAUGGAGACAACAGUUCUCCGUGCCUGUCGUCAUUGCAGGAGACUAUGAUCCUGUAGUUGCCCUCUGGACGGCCGUGAUACCAUCGACAGCAGCAGCAUUGGGGUAUCAUUUCAUUAUCCGCCCGCGUCGGCGCGCACAACGCAUUGCGCAAAUCCGUGCGGCUCGGCUGGCUCUUGAAGAAGAUUCUGAUGCAAGAAAGAAGCGUAACGCCGUUGUUGAAUUGCUCAAAGACUCUGCCCGCAAGGUUAUGUCCUCAGAGACAGCGAGAGGAGGGCUGGUCAUCCAGAAUGCCGUUUAUGGUGUCAUUGAUACUGAAGACGGAGCUCAUGAAUUGGCCAUUGAUGUCACGGUACCACUUCAGGCGUUAGUUCGCAACUCUCAGCUUUAUAUUGCUGGAGAAGGUUCCAAGUCAAAUCUCCAGGGCUUCUCUGACCCAGCACCUUUCACACCGAAGUCAUUGCGCAUCCAUUACCUGUUCAAUGGUCGGCCCCAUUUCGCGGAGAUUCCUGAUUAUCUUCCCGUAGUGCUCCCCUUAUCCGAACAUACUACUGGAGCAUCCUAG